ACACAUUAUUUUAUUGUAAUAUAUCAGGGAGGUACAAGGUAUUAAUGACAAGAUAAUAAUCUAUUUCGAUAUCACUUCCGAUUAUAAUGUUAUUCUAAAGUUGUAGUUGUUCGUUCCGAGUAAACAAUACCACGUGAAGAUAUUUUUUCCCCCAAUCAGACUAUACUACUAUUAUUAUGUUAUAUUAUCUACUUAAUUAAUUUAUUUCACACGAUCUCUUGCGCUGUCGAUAAUUGUGCAGAAUCAUUUCCAACACUCGGAAUUGAAAUCUGAGUCGACUCCCCACAUUUCCGGCUACUUGUCUGAAUACGGGUGUGAAAAGUACAGUGUAGGCUGAGGCUCUCACACAGUAACCAAAAACACAGAAAUACUGCAUGUCUAUUGGUCAAUAAAAUGAUAGACGGAUUUUUCAGCGAAUAAUCUAUUACGAUCUGGCUUGAGCCUGACUGGAUAAACCAAUCACAACCGCGGACGGUAAAACAGGAGGGGCUUAUUAAGUUCCCCUGGAAGUGGCGGUUUGUUUCAAUAUGGCGGCGGUUGCUGAGGGAGAAACGGAUGCUCCUGGUAUUUAUUGGAUUAACGACACUUCAGAAGACGAGCAGCCCUUAGUAUUUGUUCCAGGACUGAGCCAAACGAUGGGAAUGAAGUCUGUAUCCUUAUCCAGCCACGAAAGAAAAACCAAAGGAAAACCUGCCUUAGACAACAAAGGGAGGACUGGGAAAAAGCUGAGCCGAGUAACCGAUUUACCCGUGGCGAAAUCGUCUUUACAGAAAGUCUCAGAAUUCUCAUCCAAAUCCAAGACUCCACCUGAGGUGUCAGAAAUGUCACAGGUUCAGGACAUCUCUCAUAGACUGCAGGUCAAAAGCAAGGCUUCGUUGAAGGACCUUUGUCCAGAGGACAAGCGUCGCAUCACCAACCUGAUCGAAGAGCUGGCAAAAAUAAGCGAGGAGAAAGAAGAGUCUGUGCAGAGGCUCAAAGACGAACAGGAGACGUUUGAGAAAAAGAUCCAACAGCUGGAACAGCAGAAUCAUCUCAUCGUACAGGAGCGAGAAAGCUUGCAGCAGCAGUACAAGGAGUGUCAGGAGCUGCUGGGACUCUAUCAGCAAUACCUUUCCCAACAGCAGGAGAAACUUAACCAGUCCAUCUCCCAGCUGAAUCACUCGCGCUCCCACUGCAAGAUAGCCAGCAGUGAGAGAACAUUAAGCAGAACCCAUUGUCGGAGAGGGAGAGGUUUUGCUCUCGAUGGAUCUUACUUGGAUCCCCCUAAUUUGGGAAGAACAGGGUCAGCAGGUUGUGCUCACUCAUUUUUAGCUGACGUCUGUUCUGGGCCAUCCUCUAUGCCCUCAUGUUGUAUUGAGCGUGACGGAGGAAGCCACGAGGAAGACACAGCAGGUGUCCACAAGUGUUUAGGGGGUGACUGGAGUGAGCCAGCACAUGGUGUAUGCUCUAAAAGGGAUCAGGUGGGCAACAAUGCCACCAAAUCGAGCGACUCAAGGUACGGGUUGGGACUGAAAAAUGGAACCGGGUGCUGCGUGGAGAACAGAGAGACGGUGCCCUACAUUGGCAGAGAGGACUGGGAGGAGAAGCGCCAGCGUUUGCUGGUUCAAAAGAAGCAGCUGGAGGAGGAGAGAGAGAGACUGCAGGCUCGACUUGCUGAACAAGAAGAGAGGUUGCUGAAACAGAACCAGGAGCUCAGACAAUCCCGUCUCAACCACAGCAAAUUCCAGCAAGAAUUAGAGCAGUCCUUUAAUGAAAUCAGAUUUAAUGAAGCACCUCAACCCAGUGCCACUGCAGAUCCACACAGUGAAAGAAAAGGGGGAGGUCUUCAGGCCGUGAAGGGAAGUGUCAGACAGCCUUUAAAUGAAGUUCAACCACAGGAGCACAACGUUCAAGAAGCUGAACCCAGACUUUCAAACGUUGCCAAGAAGGAUAUGGCCACCUCUCCUUUGCAUUCCCAGAAGGUCCAAAAGUCUUUACAACAGUCGUUGCCUGUCAGCCAUCCCAAAACCCCAAAGUCAUCAAAGUUGGAUUCCUCUCUGAUUGAGCUCUUGGAUAUUUUUAGUCCGAUUAGUAACACGGAGAGAAGCAAAGUCAGCUCAUCUACACACACGAGUCUCGCUGGCCCUCGUCAGCCUCUCAGUGCCGUCCGUCCCAUGCACAGCUCUGUGCUUUCUCCCCGAGGCCAGACACAGUCCUCACAGGAAGAGCUGCAGGAGAGUCAGAUUCUGGAGGACAUCUUCUUUAUCUGCUGAAAAUCUUCACCAGAACCUUAACGAGAGCACCUCCUAAAAUGUACAUGGAGCCUAAUUGCUAACCAUAAAACAACUGCAUAUUAUUUCAUUUUUAAUUUCAUUAUGAGAUUUCUAAUUAUUUCUUCGAUUGUUGGUCUCAAAUUGCUUUACAGUGCCUUUGUGUUACCGCCUUAAUUGUAACCUUGUGCCAAAGCAAUCAUAGGUUUUAUUAUUUGUAUGAUUUUAUGACAAUAAAAAUGAUGUAUUUAUUCA